AUGACAUCACAAGACAUAAUGAUGACUGAUGAGACAUCAUCUUUAUUCUCUUCUUCAAUUGAAUCAUCAUCAUCAUCAUUUUCUUCAUAUUCAACUGAAUCAUCAUUAUCAUCAUCCUCAUGUUCAACUGAAUGUUCAUCGUCAUCCUUAAGUUCAGCAAAAUCUGUAAUUACGAAAACAACAUCAAAUAAACGAAUAUUAAUAAGUUGUGGUGUGCUCUUGCAUGCAACUCGUGAUGAUGAAUUUUUAUGUUAUUCUGGAAAAGUAACUGACCAUUCUCAUUUACCAAAUCCAGCUGAAUUAGAAGUCCGAAAUUUGAGAGAAAAAAUGCGACAAAGAACUGAAAGCGAAAUUUUACCAUUACAAAUAAUUGCUGAACACGAAAUGCGCAAUGCUUUGCUAACAGUUGAAGCUCUUGCUGUUUUACCUGGUGUAACUAAUAUUGAUAUAGUAUUGAUAUUUUUAUACAAUGUUAAUAUUCUUGUCUAUUUUUUAUUUAUGUUUGUCUUAGGUCAUAAUUUAGUACAUAAUCGUCGUAAAAUGAUUCCUCCAAUUCCACAAUCAUGUUCUUUUCUCAUUCCGGAUUUACACACAACAGAUUAUCAUAAUAAAAAACGUUUAUUAUUACAUGAUAGUGAUGAUCCAAAAUUUCAAAUCAAUCUAUCAGGAGAUGUUCGAUUUGCAGGAAGAUUAUUAAUAUGGUCAACAGAUGUUCAACUUAAUUUAUUAUUUGAUAGUCAAAGAUUACACAUGGAUGGUACAUUUUGUACUGCACCACCAAACUUCGACCAGAUGUUUAUUAUUCAAGCUAUUUCUCAUGGAACAUGUGUAUAUAAAAAUGUUCAAUCACGUGGUUUAUCAUCAACUUAUUUAGAUAAUAUUAUGAUACGUAGUGUUAUUAGACAAAUGAUGGCACUAGCUCUAGUACCUGAACAAUAUAUUCCAUCAUUAUUUGCAAAUGUUGGACAAGAAUUAAAUGGUUCUGAACGUAAUGAAUUAAGUGAUUUAUUCAAAUAUUUUAAUGAUUAUUGGAUGUGA